GUGUCUGGCGGCCCCAUGUUUGCCAAGCCCACAAGCAGCGGGCGCGGCAUGGUCCGCGCCCUAAGCCUGCCCCUGGCCGCGCUCUUCGUGCUGCUCUGCUCGGCCGCGGCCCUGCCCGUGCCGAAGGCCCACACCGCCGGGCGCCUGAUCCUCAAGCGCCCCGGCGCCCAGGAGGCCAUCGAGGUGGCCGGCAUCGUCUACCGCCCGGGCACCACCGAAAUCCAGGCCGUCGGCACCGGCGGCCAGGCCCGCUUCGACCCGCCGACCGCCGGGGAUUGCGGCCCCGGCUGCCAGACAUGCGUCCUGGUGACGGCCCCGCUGGACAGCGCCCUCGGCACCCAGGCCAGCCUCUCGGGCGAUCGGCUGUUCACCCAGACCGCCGUGUGUACCGUGUGCGAGGCCGGGCUCUUCCGCGAUGCCAAGGCGUCGGCCUGUGUGGCCCAGUGCCCGGACGGGUUCUUCGCUUCGGCGGAGCUCGGCCAGUGCCUGCCCUGCUGGCAUGGCUGCGCCACCUGCAGCGGCCGCGAGCCCGGCCACUGCACCGGCUGCCCGGCCGGGCAGUUUUUGGUCAGCAACCGCUGCGUCGAUGCCUGCCCGGAGACCACCUUCCCCCGGGGGACCAUCUGCGAUGCCUGCGAUGAUGCCCGGUGCGCCGAGGACCCGGAGAUGCGGGCCGGCUGCCCGGCCGAGUGCCCGGCCCCGGCGGCCGAUGAGGCCAACACCAUCGGCACCGCCGCCGCCGCCGCCGCCGCCAUCACCACCACCACCUACACCGGCCUCUGCGACACCACCUGCAUGACCUGCUCCGGGCCGACGGCCGACGACUGCCUCACCUGCUUCACCAGCCUCCGGUGGCACAUCGACCGGUGUGUCACCAACUGCCCGCUGGGCUACUGGGACCGGAUUUCCGACUACACCUGCCAGCCCUGCGCCCCGAAUUGCACCCGGUGCACCGGCCCGGCGGCCAAUCAGUGCACCGCCUGUACCGAGGGCCGCAUCGUGGUCCCCAACCCGGGGAGCACCCUGGUCGGCCAUUGCGAUGUGUGCGCGGAAAAUUGCUCCGAGUGUGCCAGCAGCACGGUCUGCCAGCGGUGCAAGCCCGGCUUCCGGUUCAUCGACGGCCGCUGCUACCCCAGCUGCGAGCCCGGCUUCUACGAGUACACCGGCCCGAACACCGAUUCCACCCCGCACUGCAUCCGCUGCCACGAGUCGUGCAAGAAUUGCACCGGGCCCACCCCGGACGACUGCACCAGCUGUAACUGGGGCUUCCGCUUCUGGGAUGGCAUCUGCCAGUAUGGCGGCUGCACCGGCGAGAAUGAGCACAUGCACCUGACCGGCCACUGUGGCAAUUGCGUGCCCCAGUGGUACUACUGCCCGGAGCUGGACCCGCCUCCCUUGAUGGCCACCUACCCGCAUGAGGUGCCCAUCAUCCCCAUCUGCGAUGGGCCCAUCUGCUGGCAUCCGGACGGCAUUGCCCGGCCGAAUCCCUACUGGCCCCCGGGCAGUGGCAAUGGGCUGAGCAUCAACAGUGCCAAGCCCCGGUCGGAUGGCUCGGCCGCCGGCCAGCCCCCGGCCAAGACCCUGACCUACACCAUGACGGACUUCGCCCAGGUGGCCGAUCCGCCGGCCGACCAGGCCCACACGGCCGGCAGCCCGGCCUCCGGCAUCCACACGACAUCCCCCUUUGCCGGGCCCCGGUCGAUCGAGAUCCAAAUGGAGGAUGCCAAUGGGCUGCUGUACACGCCGGAUGUGGUGGCCGCCAAGGCGGUCACCGCCCUGCUGGGCUCCGCGGCCGGCGCCUCGUCGGCCUCCUCCAACGACGGGGGGAUCUCCAUCUCGGCCAUUCGCACCGACUCCGGGGUCAACCCGGAUGACUGCUUCUGGAUGUGCUGGGGCCUCUAUGGGUUCGGGGGCAUCCUCGAUGGGAAUGCCGCGCCCGGGGCCCAGCAAGUCGCCGACACCACCCCGAAGCUCAGUGCCAAGCAGAUGCUGUCCAGCAUGGCGGCGGCCAGCGCGCGCGGGACCCCCACCAGCGGCGGCCAGGUCAAUGCCUUCGGCUGGUUCACCGACCCGGAUGACAGUGUGCUGGCCUGCGCGGAAUUCUGCGUCCCCAUGCCGGAGCGCUGCCUGACCAUGCUCUUCCCGCCGUUGAACUUGUGCUACCAUUGCAACCUCGGCUGUGCCGAGGGCCACUCCACGUGCAAGCGCUCGGUCGGGCCGAAUGCCGACCAGUGCCGCGAGUGCCCGGCCGGGCGUCUCAUCCAGGAGACCUGGGUCCCGGGCCAGGGCGAGUGCGUCACCACAUGCGCCAGCACCCACUUCCAGGUGGACAACAUGUGCCGGCGCUGUGCGCCCCAGUGCCUGACCUGCGAGGACCGGGCCAACAACUGCACCGCCUGCAAGCCCGGCUUCCUGACCAUGCCGGAUGGCGCCUGCCGGACCCACUGCCCGGAGGGCUAUCGCCAGGCGGCCGGCAACAAGUGCCUCAAGUGCGGCCCGCAUGCCCUCAAGUGCGACCAGUACGGCGUGCUGGCCUGUGAGAUCGGCUACGCCCCGCGGGCCGGCGAAUGUGUCCCGACCACCUGCCCCAGCGGCUUCUUCUGGAGCAUCGCCAACCGCAUCUGCCGGCCCUGCCACGAGAGCUGCAACACCUGCCGCGGCCUGAAUGCCGACCAGUGCAUCACCUGCUCCGCCAGCCAUCCCUACAUGAUUGACGGCCUGUGCCAGUCCGGCUGCCCGGCCGGGUGGUUCUGGCGCGAGGAGAACCAGCGCUGCGAGAAGUGUGUCUUCUGCGCCGAGUGCUUCAUCAACCGCUUCAAGUGCUGCAAGUGCGUCCCCGGCGAGUACCUCUUCUACGAGCGGUGCUACAUCAACUACGACAGCCACGACAGCACCGCCAUCUCCAACCCCCUGGACCCGAGCCCGAAGAUGGACCUCUGCGAUGAGACCUGCGCCUCGUGCUCGACCAGCGCCAAAAUGUGCACCUCCUGCCACCCGGGCUGGCGGCUGGUGUCCGGCACCGGGAGGUGCGUGCUCGGCGACUGCCCCGAGGGCCUGGUCCCCGGGGUCGACCUCUCCGGGCAGGAUGUCUGCCGGCUGCCGGAGGAGAACUUCUGCCGGCUGGAUGCCGGGUUCUAUCGCGACCCGGAGAACUACGAGUGCCGGGCCUGCCCCGAGGGCUGCGGCAUGUGCCACCAGGCGGAUGUCGGCCUGCCGGUUGUCUGCCUGGCCUGUGCCCCGGGCACGUACGCCCACCCGGUCCAUGGCGCGGACAAGUGCCAGCCCUGCCACAAGACCUGCGGCACGUGCAACGGCCCCGGGCCCAAGGGCUGCCUCACCCCCAGCAAGGCCUGA